AUGAGUACCCUUAAAAAUGAAAAUAGCACAUUAGAAAGCUCAAUGAGCAUAGCAAAAAAAUUAAAAGACAAAAUUACAAACAGAAAAAACAAUAAAGAAAAUGACAAAGAAAUAAAAACAAGUUUGCUAGGAAACAAAAAAAUUUAUUUCAAUUUUAAUUAUCAGUUAAUAACUGCAUUUUUAGGUUAUAUUAUAAAUACAUUUUUAUAUUUUUUAUAUAUAUCAACUUUUACAAAAAUUUUCGAUAUACUUAUACAAAUCUUAUCAAAAAUAACAAAUUAUGAUCAUCAAACUUGUAUAUUUACUGAAUCGGUUAAAGGGUUCAUAAUUUUAAUUAUAUGGUACAAUCAUUUAUCGGCUGGAUAUGAUGGAGAUCCAUGUUUACACCUUUAUAAAACAGACUUAAAAUUAAUAAACAAAAGGGAAGCCAUAGUAGCAUGUACAUCAAAUAUUUUAGGAACCCUUUUAUACCUUGGGGUUACAAAUGCAAUAUUUCCCAAUAGUAUAAGUACUGGUGGCAAUAGAAUAAUUGAAGUAAUACAAAAAGCUAAAAUAAAAAAAGAUAAUUCAUUUUUAACAUCAUUUUUAUAUCCUAAAAUUCCAGAAUUUUUUAAAAAAUAUAUUAUGAAUUUAUUAAUAUAUACUUUUCCAUAUAAUAAAGGGAGUGUAAAAUAUGGUGAUAAAAUAUUUUUAAAUAAUAUGGAUUUAUAUUCAUCUAUAAUUAUGGACACAUUUUUAAAUGAAUUUAUUUGCUCUUUUUUAAAUUAUUCUUUGUUAUAUAUAUAUUUAUUUACCAAAUAUAAUUUUGCAUAUCCUUUACAUAUUAAUUUAAUUCUUACACAAGUUGUUUCAUUAUUUUCGGGAAGAUAUAAUCAUUUAAUAGUUGGACCAUAUAUGAGUUUAAAUUGGAUUAUCAAUGAUUGUAUAAUAAAAAAUUAUUCUAUUAUUUUUCUUUGUUCUCUUGCUAUUUUUCAUUAUUUUGGCUAUAAAUUGGCUAGCCAUAUUUUUAAGUUUCCAAAUUUGACAAUACAUUAUGCAAAGCAAUAUUAUAAAAAUAUCAAAGAAGAACAAUUACAAAAAUGUGCUAAACCAGAUAAUACUGUUGAUAUUUCUGUAAUACCAAAUCAAGAUAUUACUGAUACAAAUAUAGCGAAUAGCUAUUUAGGAAAAAUAUUUAAAUUUUUUAUAGCUAGCUAUUCAAACAAAAUACAUAAAAAAAAAAAUGUCUAA